AUUGGAAUCCUGCAGAUCGCUCUGGAAAUAAGAAGCGAUAAAUGCGUGCAGUAUCUCUCGGCCUUUUACCUCGGGAGAUGGAUUGCUUGACGGAAUUUCGUCAGGCUCACAUGGAUCGCCGCCCUCGAAAGAGGCCCAGAGUAGUCUGGGACGUUCAUCAGCAACCUCCCAAGGCUCAGCCAGGGAUGUUUUGUGGGCAAGAGGUUGGGAAUAUGACAGGCCUUGCGUCUUUAAGGACACCCUCAGACUAUACUUGUUCUUCUCUGUAUCUAAAGGGAGUGGCUCGAAAUGGUUCUCCUCCAUGGCGAGAUGAUGACAAAGAUGGGCAUUACAUGUUUGCUUUGGGAGAGAAUUUAACUCCUCGCUAUAGGAUCCACGGUAAAAUGGGUGAAGGGACCUUUGGCCAGGUUUUGGAAUGUUGGGAUAGGGAAAGAAAAGAAAUGGUAGCCAUCAAAAUUGUACGUGGUAUUAAGAAGUACCGGGAGGCUGCAAUGAUUGAAAUUGAUGUGCUCCAACAGCUAGGCAAACAUGAUAAGAAUGGCAGCCGUUGUGUGCAAUUACGGAACUGGUUUGACUAUCGUAACCAUAUCUGUAUUGUAUUUGAGAGGCUUGGGCCAAGCAUAUACGAUUUUCUACGGAAAAACAAUUAUCGCUCAUUUCCCAUUGAUCUUGUCCGCGAGCUUGGACGACAACUGUUGGAAUGUGUAGCAUUUAUGCAUGAUUUGCACCUCAUUCAUACCGAUUUGAAGCCAGAGAACAUACUUCUUGUUUCAUCGGAGUAUGUAAAAGUUCCAGACUACAAGGUUUCGUCCCGAUCUCCAAAGGAUGGAUCUUAUUUUAAGAGAUUGCCAAAAUCAAGUGCAAUCAAGGUAAUCGAUUUUGGCAGCACAACUUAUGAUCAUCAAGAUCAUAACUACAUCGUAUCCACACGACAUUACCGGGCACCUGAGGUUAUUCUUGGUCUCGGGUGGAGUUAUCCUUGUGAUGUAUGGAGUGUUGGUUGCAUUUUGGUGGAGCUAUGCUCAGGAGAAGCAUUGUUUCAGACCCAUGAGAACUUAGAGCACUUGGCCAUGAUGGAGAGGGUGCUAGGUCCAUUGCCCCACCACAUGUUGAAGAGAGUAGACCGGCAUGCUGAGAAGUAUAUCAGAAGGGGAAGAUUGGACUGGCCUGAGGGUGCAACUUCAAGGGAAAGCAUCAGGGCUGUUAUGAAGCUCCCCCGCCUUCAGAACCUAGUGAUGCAGCAUGUUGAUCAUUCAGCAGGCGAUGUUAUUGACCUCUUACAAGGUCUCCUGAGGUACGAUCCCUCAGAUCGGCUGACCGCACGUGACGCCCUUAGGCACCCCUUCUUUACAAGGGAUCUUCACAGCAGGCGGUCAUAAUGGAAGGAGAAUGACGUCUCAUUACAGAUUUUGCUGCAAAUCUCAAACCCAUGGGCUUGGAGAUUGUUUAAUGUCGGUGUAAGGAAUGAUUUGGGUUGGGUUGGGCUGGGCUUUGUUCCAACAUGGUGCUGCCUGCAUGUGAUGUAAAAUCUGUAUUGAUCUUCCAAGGUGUUGGUUGCUUUUCCUCAGUCUACCGUUGGUGCUUGUCAUGCUUUUCCAUGUAAAUGAGGAUCCAUCGCAAUUGUUGUGUUCCUACAAUUUCAGUGUUCUAUCACAUCUUUCCAUCAA